AGUACUCUUCUGGUGAGAGUUUACUUCUUAUAUCGUUCUGAUGGAAAGUUACCUUCCUUGUGGGAUGCUUUGUCAUCUGCGCAUGCGCGGAGGAAGAUAUCAACUCUAAGAAACAAAGUCAGGUUCCAGUUCAGUUCUUGGAUCGCAUUUUGGCUUUCGUUCAUGUUUUAAAGUCUACGAAAGAAAAAUUCAGAUGACUCCGUGUCAAAUCUCUAGCAUGCAGCGUUCUCGCAUUUCUCGGAUCUCGUUCCCAGAGCCCGCUCGAAUUCGGUUUGGUGAUUGCUAAUUGUGUUCAUAACGCCUGCAAACGGUUUCGGACUCCCUCAAGCUCAAGACCUAAUGUCACAGAUCAAUGAUCAACUGGACAAAGAAGGAUCCUGAACUGUGCCCUAUUCUUGUUGGAUCAUCCACUGGAGCUACCAGAGGCGUCAACUCAAUGGACCUGCAUAGAGGCCCCCUUAGCAGGAGAACCAGGUUUCUGUUGGUAUUGUGUAUUUUGUUCACCGAACUGUGUGAACGUCUCACAUUUUAUGGAAUCGUGGCCAACCUUGUAUUGUACUGCCGAGACUACUUGAAGCUUGAAGCACCUUUACCUAGCAGUAUAAGUCUUGCAUUUCAAGGUACCUCAUUUUUCUCACCUGUGAUUGGUGGAUGGGUAGCAGAUACUUUCCUUGGUCGUUACAACACCAUAUAUGGAAGCUCUUUGCUGUAUGUUGUCGGCACUAUCAUUCUGGCCACUGCAACAUUUGACUAUGGUGCCAGCUAUGGAUUGAGCACAGGAAGUAAAGAGGCAUUCCUAGGGAUUUCACUGCUACUCAUUUCCAUAGGGACUGGUGGAAUCAAAGCCAAUGUUUCACCCCUGGGUGCAGAUCAGAUAGAGAAUGAGGGUCCUGUAAUUGUCCAGCGGUUUUUUGACUGGUUUUACUGGUUCAUCCAGUUAGGCUCUUUUCUGGCAUACACGGUGGUCGUUACGGUGCAACAGGAAGCAUCAUUCUUCUAUGGUUAUGUCAUAACUGCCUUGUCAAUGUUUUUAGCAAUCAUGUUAUUUAUAAGUGGCAGAAAAUACUACAUUAUUCACCCACAUAAGGGAAGCUACUUGACUGAUACUAUGAAGAUAAUAUGGGAAGGCUUAAAGAAGAUUCAAUGUAGGGCUGGAGAAGGUGAAGUACACGUAUUUCACUGGCUUGACCGGGCAAAGCAAAGUUUAGGAGGAACAUACCAAGGGCAGUCAGUGGAGGAUGUCAAGUCUGUGCUGAGAAUUGUUCCAAUAUUUCUUACAUUUAUCCUCUACUGGACAAUUUAUGGACAGGGUCAGACUAGCUACCUUCUUCAAGGCUCCUUCAUGCAGCUACAACUCACAGAACACUUUACCAUGCCAGCAGCCUCCCUGUACCUCUUUGAAAUCACCAUGUUAUUAGUUCUUAUUCCAAUUGUAGAUCGCAUCCUCUACCCCGCCCUGCGCCAUUUUGGCUUCGACUUCACCCCGCUGAGGAAAAUGGGUGUUGGUAUGCUGUUUGCCAUGGGAUCUGUGAUCAUGGCAGGACUUAUGGAGAUUGAAAGAAAGAAGUACAUUGAUGCUCAUGGCUAUUUUGAGCAGUACCCGUUUGACACACCAGUAAAUGCUUCUCAGAUGAAUAUCUUUUAUCAAGUCCCUCAGUACGUGUUGCAGGGGACUGGGGAAGUGUUAACCUCAAUUCCAGGACUUGCUUUUGCCUACUCCCAGUCCCCUCUCUACCUUCGCGGUGUGAUCAUGGGCCUAAACUUGGCAACCAUUGGAAUAGGCUUCUAUGUAGCGGGGGCUCUCGCAGCUAUAGUGAGGAAGGCCACUGACGGUUCUUGGUACCCACAAGAUCUCAAUGCGGGCAAACUGGAAAAUUAUUUCUUUUUCCUUGCUGUGGUCAUUUUCUUGAAUUUCCUGGUUUUUGUUUACCUGGCGAGGAGGUACAAAUACGUGGAAUCAUCGAGAAUUGCUGUCACGGUGGAAGAGGACCAAGAGCGGUCCUCAAUAAAUUCUGACAGUUCUCCAAUAUUAUAACUUCAGCAAAGGCUGUGUGAAGGAAUUUGGACUGUCACACAAUGCUGCUCCCACUCGCGUGAAAAAGGACAACUUUUUAAAUUCUUGAAAAUUUUUUUAAAAAGAUGAUAUGAGGGUCUUAGGAAACGGGAGAUUAUUCACUGUCAUGUGAUGUUAAAAGGUCUCCUCAACCUCGUUCCCAGGCUCUCUGUCCUCUACCUCCCUUGUGAACAAAAGAAAAUACAAAUUAGUUAAAAUAUGAGUACAUGAAAUUAAAAUGAUCUUUGCAGUAAAAGAUAUAAAAACAUCACAUUGUCAAUAAUAUAUUAAGUAAAUUCAUAAAUUCAAGAAUUCAAUAAUUUUUAUCGUAAAAAAUUAUGUCGUGGAUUAAUUUAAAUUUGAAAUCUUACGCGACGAAUCUUCCUUAAUAAUUUCUUUGUACCGUCCAUGGCACGUGUUGUUUCUUACAGAGCGCUCCAUGUUUUUGCCCCAAUUACACAAAGUAAUGGAAAGACUUCAGACCAUGCUUGGUGCUGCCCACCCUUGGUAAAUAGAGCAUAUUGGUGUACCUCAAAUUAUAAUUCGUUUUCCUUAUAUGAAACAAGAUAGCAAGAGGGAUGGGUACCCUUCCCUGAAAGCAUCUAUCCACUCAUCCUCGGAGAAGGAUGGAAGUUUACUUCAAGAGCUUGUCUGCUCUUGAAGUAAAUUAACUUGCGCCCAAAAAUAUCGCAUCGUCCCGACUAGCAGCCCCUGGGUCUCCGAAGAUGGAAGAUAUAAAGAAGAGGAAUAUUUAAUCUGAAAGCAAGUUCUUUCAGAGACGUAAGCCAUAAAACUACCAGUAAAUUUUCUCGAGGGUUUUCAUGCAGAAUCAUUCGGGACAGUCCAUUGCAAGUAGAAUAGUGGACCGGCAAUGGAGUAAUCUGAUUUGUUGAUUUUAGUUAUUGCCCCACCGAACUACCUUUGUAUUCGUGUAAUGAUGUAACUGACGGACCGCGAAGUUUCGAACUUGUAACUGAGUAACAGAUUUUUCUUGAAUCUCCCUCUUUCCACUUACUUGACCUUCCUUUUUUUUUUCUUCCUUCACGACAACUGAAUUCAGAAGAUAAUUUUUCAUUCAAUGUUCCAUGUUCAAAUCAGUGCUUGUCUCUGUAUUGGGUUUACUUGGGUUUACCAAACAUUUGCUUCUGUUUUCCACACAUAAUAGUCCUAAUUCGUACAAAAGACUUUGUCUACCCUAGAGGAUUCAUCCUAUUCCACGUGUAAUUAAAACGGUAUUAUGCAUACCCGGGGGGACUCCCAUUAAAAAAAGGGCGGGGGUACUCG